UGAGGGGAAGGGACUGGGCUCGGGUGGGGAGAGCGGGUGUCUAGAAGUGGUGCUAAUGGGAAGAGAUUUCUGCUUUCAAAAGAGGAUGCUCUGCCACAAAGAGCGGCUGGCGCGCUGGCCUGGGCUCUAGCGGAGGAGAGAUCCCGGGAGAACUCGGAGCCGGGGGAGCGCUCCUCGGCGCACGGGGGUCACCAUGCCUGUCCGCAGGGGGCAUGUGGCACCGCAAAACACAUUUCUGGGCACCAUCAUACGGAAAUUUGAAGGGCAAAAUAAAAAAUUUAUCAUUGCAAAUGCCAGAGUGCAGAACUGUGCCAUCAUCUACUGCAACGAUGGGUUCUGCGAGAUGACUGGCUUCUCCAGGCCAGAUGUCAUGCAAAAGCCCUGCACCUGCGACUUUCUCCAUGGGCCCGAGACCAAGAGGCAUGAUAUUGCCCAAAUUGCACAAGCACUGUUGGGGUCAGAGGAGAGGAAAGUGGAGGUCACCUACUACCACAAAAAUGGCCCAAUGUCAGACUCAGUUCUUGCUGCAUACCCUCCAAUCUGUAUCUCUGAGCUCCUCCCAGAGGCCACCAUCCUCUCCUUUGCUUGGUCUUCUCUAAAUCCUUCGGGCAUCCUUAUUUGA